GAACGGGUCUUUCAGCCGUCACUCUUCCUUCUGCCAGCUAGACUGCUCCUACUAGGGAGAAGACUAUGUGCUUAUCUCGCAUGGCUAGGCCAGCUGAUGUGAUAGUUCAACGCCAUGCCUCCUGUAUGCACAUACAUGGCGUACCCCAGAAAAACGCGAGCCGAGCCAACACGUAUCAAUAUAAGGGCUGUUCAGCCAGCUGCACCUCCAACGUCACGCGUAUCCUUCCCGCAGCUCGUAAAAAAAGCCGCCAGUGCCGCACCCCGGAUUUCAUGUAUAUGCAUCCAGCAUCAUGGUUGUUUGAGAAAGGAGCAUCAUCCACGCACUUGGAGAUGCAAGGAGAGAGUAUAAUCCCGGCCACCCGUCUAGUACAAGUACCGCUACAAAUGUCCUUCUCCCGGAGGCAAUGCCUAUACAACCAGUAGUAUACUACUAGAAUUAGGAGGGCAACAAUGCGUAUACGCGGGAUCACUAGCUUACAAGGCCCAAACACCAUCGAUUGGUAGAACCGUCUUUUAGCCAGAAAAGAUGGUGAUGUUACUCCAAUGCAAGCCACUACAGGGUAAGGUCGAGUGUGUGUGAGAAAAGAGUUGGGGACUAGCGGUCAAGAGACUACCUACGAGAAACGGGAACUUGGACCUUUGCCGUUGGCCUAUGGCUGCAAGAGCUCACCGAUCUGCUUGUUGGAUUCGAUUUAGCGCCAGUCUUGUCCUCCCCAUGCGAUCCGUCCAAGGUUUCGGGUCUGUUGCCCUUCGCUCCCUCCAUCCAAUCCUCCAAUCCACGACAGGUAAAAAGCUCAAUACUGUACGGAGUACUCCGUAGCUACAACCUUGUAUAUCAGACUUUUUGCCUUGUCUCCCAUGCUCUCUCCUUGUUUGCGUCCCAGCUCAUCGGUCAGUUCAUGUUAUGCUGUGCUUUGACCGAUAUCCCAGGGCUCCUUAUCACGACCUGCCGCACUCAGCUAGGGUCAUGACGUCUUGUAUCUGUCAUGAGAAAGUUAUCGUCAGCAGAAAGAGGAGCCCCCUUGCUCCGAAAAAAAGAGCUCCGUAAGCCAGACCCCCAUCAAAAAAAAAAAAAAGGAACGGCUGGUAAUAAAAAAACGGGAGAGAGAAAUGAGCAUUGAAAAAGAAGGUAAAAAGCAAAGUCCGAAAUCCCCUUCCGCGAAACUACCACAUCCUGCCAGCAAUA